UGCGUAUAUAUCUAUAUCUAUGUAUGGAAGAAAGAAAAAGUCCUAAAAAGCACACCUCUUUAAUUUCUUGAUCUCUGUCUUCUUCAAUGGCAGCAAAACCCCAUGUGGACAGCACUAAAUGCAUUGGAACUUCCAAUUUCUGAAAAUUUCUCUCACAUACUGACAUUAAAUUUCAACUACCCACAUCAGAUUUCAUCCUUUUUCUUCUUUCGAUUCCUCCAAAUUCAUUUAAAAAACCAAAUCUUGAUUUCAAAUAAAAACAGGGGAGAACAUUUGUCUGUUCUCUUUCUUUAAAAUACUCCAUUCUUGACUUCUACUUCCUAAAGAUUCUGUUUAUCUUGUUGGGUUACUAUCAAGAAACUCAAACAAAAAAACAGAGCAUUUUAAUGGCGAUUUGCAGGUUUUAUUUCCUUCUGUUCGUGACACUUUCAUGGAGUUUCUUCUUCGCAAAUGCAAUCCAACCUUCACAAAAACAAGUCCUCCUGCAACUACGAAAACAACUGGAGUACCCGAAGCAAUUGGAUAUUUGGCUCGACACAAAUAAUGAUUUCUGCUACGUGUCAUCACCACAAGUCAAUGUCACAUGCGAAAACAACUUUGUUUCAGAGGUAAAAAUCAUGGGAUUUGCUUCCGAUCAAACGCCAAAGAAGGUAAAUUCCGGUUCUUUUCAUGGGUUUCCGAUUCCUUCACAAACACUAUCUCAAAACUUCUCAAUCGACUCUUUGAUUGCCACUUUAUCAAGAUUAACAAGCUUGAAAGUUCUUAGUUUGGUUUCUUUAGGAAUCUGGGGCCCACUUCCUAACAAAAUCCAACGAUUAAACACACUCGAAUACAUUGAUUUGAGUUAUAAUUUCUUGUAUGGCUCAAUUCCUCCAACUCUUUCAAGAAUGGUGAGUCUUCAAAGUGUGAAUCUUGAUGGGAAUUUCUUGAAUGGUAGUUUUCCGAAAGGCGUUGACUUGUUAUCAAGUUUGACCAGUUUAAGCUUGAGCGAAAAUGGGUUUUCUGGUGAUUUACCAGAUCUACAAGAUUUGCCAAACAGUUUGAUCAUUUUGUAUCUGAAUAACAACUCGUUUUCUGGUCAAAUCCCAGUCAAAUACAGUCAACUCAACCACCUUCAAGAACUCGAUCUUUCAUUCAAUUCACUCUCUGGUGUCCCCCCGUUUUCUCUAUUCUCAUCGUCAUCCAUUACUUACUUAAAUCUAACAUCAAAUAAGUUGUCCGGUUCACUUCCGGUUCACUUACAAUGUGGAAACAAACUCGCAAGCGUCGACAUUUCACAAAACCGAUUUACAGGCUCAUUGCCGUUAUGUUUAACCAACGAAUCCAACAAUAAAACCGUUAAAUAUGACGGGAAUUGCCUCAUGAUUGAUGUGACACGUCAGCAUCCAGCAACCUAUUGUGUAGAAGAAGCUCGAGGGGUAGAAGUGGAAACCAAAGAUUUCAAAGAUUCACCACAUAGAAGGAAUCCAGUAAUAAUUAUUGGAGUGAUUUUAGGGAGUAUUGUGUUUCUGGUGCUUUUGGUAUUAGGGUUUGUGGUUCUUUCUAAGAAGCUUUGUGCUCGAGGCGUAUCUGAACAGAAAUUGCUGCAUAAAUCGGUCCAAGAUUACUCUGUUACUGGCUACCCAUCCGAACUUUUAACCAGUGCAAGAUUGGUUUCAGAGACUGCAAAGUUGGGUACAGAAGGAAUCCCAGUUCACAGAUUGUUUUCUUUUGAAGAGUUAAAGGAAGCUACUAACAACUUUCAUAGAUCUACCUUAAUAGGGGAAGGUUCAACGGGCAAGAUCUAUAAAGGGAAGCUUGAAAAUGGGACAGACAUUGCAAUAAGACAUUUGACAGUGUCUAAAAAGUACACAAUUAGAAACCUUAAAUUAAGGUUGGAUUUGCUUGCGAGGCUUCGUCACCCUCAUUUGGUUUGCCUUUUGGGGCAUUGUAUUAGUGGUGAAGAGCAAGAUAAUGGUGAAUCAAAUAAAGUGUAUCUUGUGUAUGAAUAUGUUCAUAAUGGGAAUUAUCGUUCACUUCUUUCUGGGAAUGGUAGAGAGAAUGUUGUUCUUAAAUGGGGAGAUAGAUUGAGGAUUUUAACUGAUGGGAUGGGAAAACUGAGUGACUAUGGGCUUUCGAUUAUAGCAGAAGAUAUUAAACAAGAUGCGAAUGGAGAAGGUGUUGAAUCAUGGCAAAUGAAGAACUUAGAGGAUGAUGUCUACAGCUUUGGAUUCAUUCUACUUGAGUCCCUUGUUGGGCCUUCUGCUGCAUCUAGAAAAGAUGAAUUUUUGAUGAAUGAGAUGGCUUCUUUUGGAAGUGAAGAGGAACGGAAGAAAGUAGUGGACCCUGUUGUACUUGAUUCCUGCUCACAAGAAUCACUUUCGGUUAUAAUCUCCAUAACCAGAAAAUGUUUUUGUGCUGACUCAUGGGCAAGACCCUCUUUUGAAGACGUGCUUUGGCACUUGCAAUAUGCUGCUCAAAUUCAAGCUGGGACCCAACAAUCUGCUGAAAAAGUUUUAUUCAUGGGCUGUUGAUAUUUGCCUUGUAGUAAUUGUAUAUAAAAUAAGCUAUCACCUACCUAUUAGAGACCUUUAUUCCAGUAU